CCGACGAGAAGGGGCCGGGGCCGGAGCCGAGGAGCCGCACCAUGAAGUUUCCCCAGGGCUGUGGCUGUGACUGUGACCGUACCGGCCGCCGCCGGCCGCCCGCCCUCCGCUCCGCCGCCGCCCUGCCGCUGCUGCUCCUCCUGCUGCUGCCGCGGGCCGCCGCCGUCCCGCUGCCCGCCGCCGACUCUUCGGGGGAGGCCGAGCUGGAGGAGGCGGCGGUGCGGCGGGCGGCGCUGCCCGACUGCGUGCCGCUGGCCCGGCUGCUGCACACCCAGGCGGCCCAGCUGCUGGAGGAGAUGUGCGAGAAGUUUACCGUCUGUGAGAACAGCAUGGAAAUGCUCAUGCAGAACAACCUCAACCUCCCCAAGCUGACAGAGGAAGAUGGGUGUCUGCUCGCCGGCUUCAAUGAGGAUAAAUGCUUGAAGAAAAUCUCCAGCGGGCUUUAUACAUUUCAGCCAUACCUUAAAUACAUACAAGAAACUUUUACUAGUGAAAAGCAAAAUGUUGAAUUGCUGUGCCGUUCUACAUUGCGCCUGGCACGUAACAUAAGGCAGAUGGUGAUCAAUCCCGAUGAAGUGAUCAUCCCAGACUCAGCUACCCAGGAAUCCCUCCGCGCAAAGCUGAAGUCCGACAAGACCUGGAUAGAGAAAAUCACCAUCCACCUCAUCCUCCGAGACUAUACUUCGUUUAUGGAGAAAACCGUGAGGGCCAUUCGCUAUUUGAAAAAUACCAGGAGUUUCAGUGUCUGAAUGUUUUAAUUCAGGCACAAUCCUUUGUCACAAAUCUGUCAUGUGGCAGAUGACAGUGUUGUUCUAUUUUAAGAACCAGAAAUAGUAAUAAUGAUUUGCAUUUAUAUACAUUCUCAUUUCCUUCUGGGAACCUAUUUAUUGUAUUUAAAAUAUUUAUUUGUAAUGUUUCCUAUUUAUACUUUUCAUACUUAAUUAGAAAUGAAAUAUGUCCUUUGUUUAAAUUAUUUCUCAUUUUUAAAAAGGAUAUAUUUUAUUUCCUUUCUAGUGGCACUAUUCAGAAUAUCAACUUAUUUAACAUGUAUUCAACAAAAAAAUAGUUUCAGAAGCCAGAAAAACUGUUGUAUAACUUAUGCUUUUAAAAUAUUUGAGAUGGUAUUUAUGACUUUUUUAUAUUUUUAGAACAAAUAAAAGCUGAUUUAAAAAAAACAACUGUAUUACCUGUUUGAACUUUAAAUAAGACUAAGGAACUCUAAUGUAUGCAAUUUUUAAUACCUACAAUUAUCAAAAUAAUCACUUUCAAGACUUUAAACUUUAUCUGUAUCAUUAGGUCAGUUAUCCGCAUAGCGCAUCCAUACACACAUACACAGACAGCUUCAUCAACACAUAACUCUUAAAAGGGGAUACGAAGGAACUAGAUGCACUGAACACGGCACUGAACAGACACAAUAAAGCAUCAUCACUCUUGAGAAACAAAUGAACAAUGAGUCCCCUGUAUUUAAUAAGGAACACUCCGUAAAAUUGUAAUUGUUUGUAAGCAUCUGCUUACAAGUCAAGGAAUCUUUUAAACAAAAUUAUAAGAUAGCACAUUAAUGGCUUUGACACGAAUACCAUCAUCUGAUUAGACUUACUGCUGUCAUCCAAGGGACUUUUCCAAGUUUGAUUAAACGUCUUACCACCCCCCCCAUUAGGUUCUUUCCUUAGGUGAUAUACAUCAACAUAUUGCUGCUGAGAUAUCAAUGACCAUUGAUGACCUAAUGCAUUUGUCUUUUGUCAUUUACAUUCCACUAGCAUGGACAGGCCGCAUAACAUGAAUGCAUAUUCUUGAAUACUGUAGAGAGAAAAAAAAAAAAAACAAAAACCAAAACAGGUCCUCAGCCUCAGUACCAAACCUCUGAAACAUUCCUUGGCUGUAUGUAUCAUCCACUUCCUUGUGGAUGUGCAGGCACCUCCUAUACCCAAACUCAGAGGAAUUCGCAGCACACAAAGGAUGCAAGCAGCAGGAGCCCCUGAGCUUUGUCCCUACAAGUGGUGGAACAUUAAUUACCCUCUCUCUUUCAUGAGGCACAGUGGUGCAGAUGAGGAGAUGAAAGGCAAGCCCUGGAAUGUGGAUAAGGAUGUCAGUAAAUUCUCCUCUUCCUCUGAGCGAUGUGAUCAUCCACACAACGCAUUCCACCGCUGGGGAUACCAAAACAGUGACCAGUCCACCCAGAGCCCACAUCUCAGAGACUCAAAACAAAACACACCACUUCUUUGCCCAAUAUGGUAAAACCAACAUCAUGAGUUGUGCAACAUCUCAAGAAGGAAUGAGGAGACCUCAAGGUGGUCACUUUCAAGAUGUGGUGAAGGGGUUUUUCCUCUCUGCGCAGAAGAUCCUGCUUUAGCUGUCCUGCCAUGUGCCCUAGGAGACAUAGGAAAGCCUAGUUUGGCUUUUUCACAGCUUACCUUCACAGAGAUUUUCUCUGUGGCCAUUUGGUUAGAGCCCAUUCUGGCCUUUAUUACGCCCAUAAUAGCUACAAGACCCAAAUGCAGAUCCCGCAUCGGACCUUUUAAGGACUUUAUUAUUACUAUGUGAGAACAGUGUGUGUGAGGGAAGACAGACCAACUGACCAAAAAAAAAAAAAAAGGCAUCUUCUGGUCUCACCUCUCCCAGUAGUGGGUGGCUGCCUGAGAUCACCAUCAGUUACUGUGUACACUGCAGCUACACUAACUCACACUGAUUUUCUCCUUGAAUGCCAGGAAGCAUCUAAGAUACGGGAUACGGAAAUCUUGUGCAAUUGAUAGACAAGCGCCCACACUUCCCACUGGCACCCCUCAGAUGGUGGCCACCCCAGGCUGUCCGCAAUUCUAGUAAAGAUGUAAACGCUACUACAUUUUAGGAUGUAGAUGAUGAGCAAAGAUUACCGCUUGCUGAGUGGGGAGGUCAACUUUCAAGUCCUUCCUGGAGUGAAGGGUAUCACUGAUGCUGCCAUCAUUUUACCUGCAGCUCCUCCACAGCCACCCGCAAUUCUCAGGGUACUUCAACGCUGCAGGUGCCUUGCUGGCCACCGUUUUGCUGUCACUGUGCCACCGAUGCCUUGCUGGCCACAGGAUAAGCACCACUUGCUGAAAUCCACACGCACUGGGGCUUGUGGCACACGAAGACUUGCAGCGGGGAAUUCAUAUGUAAGUCAGAGAACUAAACACCGUUAAGCAUGUUAUGUGGCCUCUCAAAUAACCAACUUAUUGCCCUUCAUCCAGUUUGCUGCGUAGAAAGUAUUUUACAACAUCAACACACACAGACACUUUAGUUGGCAGACCAGCGCAAACAUAUAAAAAACCAGAACGAUAGUAAAACUGUUCCUAACUCUCAUAAAUCAAUCCUCAAAAAUAACUGUGCUACUUUUAGCAACAACGAAAUACCUCAACCCUUCUAUUGAAGAGAGCUCCUCCUCACUGACAGCUAACUCACUGAGCAAGGAAAAAAAAAAAAA